AUGCCUUCGCAAUUCUUUCGACACACCUACUCCGAGACUCACUCCAACACCGCUAGCGCCACGUCGUCCCCGACUCUAGGUUCACUUCCCUUGGAGUCAGACAUUGGUCUAUGUCCUGAACCGCCCUCGCGCCUGGCCCGGACCUCGUCGCAGAGUCUUUACCCUGAACUGGCUGUCCGCGAGUGUGAGCGCCUCAAGACCAACAUCAAGAGAGCCCUCGCCGAGAGCGAUCCUCCCGUUAUGCCGCACCACGUGCCGCAGAACGAGCCCGUCCGGCGUGGCUCUGUCUGUGGCCGGUUCCAGCCGGCCUCGUCGCCGCCCACUCGGCCGCUACCCAUCCCCAACGGACCCCCUCGCUCGGCCCGUAUGUCGGUCGACGGGGGCGUGCUUCCCCCAGGCGUCAACAUGAUGGAGCCGUCGUAUACCCAUAUGCGGCCGCCUCCUGGGUUUGAGCACCUCGCUGACCCGGAGCGUCGUCGGGGCACCCAUAUUGGCGACAUCGGAAUGGGUAUAAGUGCAGGUGUUGGUGCAGGUGCCGGUAUAGGUACCAACACCAACACCAACACCGGUGGCCAACGCCACAGCAUCAGCAUUGGCGAGAGCACCAGAAGACACCGCGAGACGCUCCGCUACUGUGAACGCUGCAAGUGUCCUCAGACGGUGUACCCCCACCCCCACCCGUCGUCCACACCCCCCAGCUAUCAUCACCAUCACCGGCAGCAUCAACACCACAACUCCACCCACCACAACCAUCACAACCACGGACACAGUCAACACUACCAGCACAACCCAAGCCACAGCUACCACAGCCACCACAACCACUACCGGCCCCAGCCCGACGUCGACCACAUCCCGGCCGACAACACCCGCCCGCGCACCAUCAGCAGCUUCCCCCGCUACGCUACCGCCGCGGACCUCGUCGACACCCACCGCGGCUACUCGGCCCCGGCCCCACCCCCGCCGUCUCAGUUGACGGCCGAUGCCGUGAGACGCGCCGCGUCCUUGGCUGCUGCCGCUAGGUCGCUACCUCUGCAUGAUCGCCGUAAUAACAGGGUGAUCCCCAGCCAGAACGUCUAUCAAAGCACCAACUCGAAUAAUCAGAAUAUCCAGAGCACCAGCACGGGUGUCAGCGUCAGCCGCAACGGCCUCGGCCUGACCCGACUCAACAUGGACGCCAUCAACCGUGCUGACACGGCUUCCCCCUACGAACCGCGGUCCGCCUUCGACUUUGACUCGGACAGCGAGGGUGAGGGCGAAGAACCCGAGCCGGAAGCCGAGCCAGAAGCGGAGUCUGACAGUGACUCGUCGAUGGGCGAUCCGGAUGCUCCGGGGUGGCCGGACCUUGGUCUGAAUCACAACACCAUCAACAUCCCGGCCAUCCGGGCCGCCAUGGAGCACAUUGCUCGUCGAGUCAACAGCGAGAGCAGCAACACCCAGAGCAGCAACAACUACAGGAGCAGCAACUACUUCAACCACAACAGCAACAACUUCCACAACGUUGACGACGACUCCGACUCAGAGGAAGAGGACUCCCCCCUGAACUUCCGCAACCGCCCUUACACCAACCCCUACACCCACCCUUCCACCCGCUCUCACACUCACCCCUACACCAACACCAACCCAUACACGGCCCCCGACCACAAUAUCAACCUCCUAGCCCCCUCCUCCCCCUCCGUCAACACCGCCUCUUCCUCCUCUUCUUCUUCCCACUUCCUCUCCAUCUCCGACCUCGACCCCCACGACCUCAGCACUGAUCUUUUGGGGCUGGGCAUCCACGACACCGAUGUCAACGGUGUCAACACCAACCCCAGGCCCAGGACCAACACCAACAGCACUGUCAACACCGCCACCAGCAGCGCGGCAUACACCCACUACACCAAUGCCAGCUAUGUCAGUGACAGCGACAGCGACGGUGAUAACGGCCCGGACCCGGACACAGAUGCCACUGAUGAUGAUGACGACGACGACUACGUUCAUGCAACCUCUGCCCCUGUCCCUGUCCCUGCCCCUGCUCCUGCUCCUGCUCCUGCUCUAGCCCCCGUCCCAGCCCUAGACGCCGAUGAAGGAGAAGCAGACGGCGAAGAAGAAGAAGAAGAAGAAGAAGAAAACGAAGAGCAAGCAGCCGAGAACCGUCUCCGCUGCCAGACCGCCGCAGCCCUGCUUGAUGCGGGUUACUCAGUCUCGUUUAUUCCUUACCCGCUAUUUUAUCAUCGCUCUCGUGGCCUCAGGGCCUGUCAUCGCGCACGCAUGAGGGCACGGAUGAGGGCUAGGGCUGCUGCGGCUGCUGCUGCUGCGGGACUUUCUCAGCUUCCGGGUGCUACCGCUGCUGCUACUCAUGGUCAUGGUCAUGCUCACGCCGGUGUUGGUGGUUACGGUCAUGGUCAUGCUCAGACAAGUGUUACUACUCCUGGUGGUCCGUACGCUAGCGGUGCGAACGGCAAUGGCAACGCCUAUGGCAACCACAACAACUACAGCCACGGCCUUGGUGCCAAUGUCAGUGCCGGUGCUGCUGGGGUCAGUGUCGGCAACGGCUAUGCCAACACCGACAACAGCAACAGCGUGGUCAACAACCUGACCAGCAACAUCACCCGCAGCGACAACAUCGACAUCCCCUCGGCCACCCGUCCCGAGGUCAAUGUCAGCGAGCUCGACGAUGAGGCACUCGAGGCUGAGUGGGAGGCUUUGAUCUCGUCUGACACGGUGACUAUGAUGAUGGGGUUUAUCCGGUGA